GCACCCGGAAGCCCGGGUCCCUCCGCGCCCAGGGCUUCCCUUCCACCAUGGCCACGCCGCAGCUGGAGGACAAGCUGACUUGCUCCAUCUGCCUGGAGCUCUACCAGGACCCGGUGACGCUGCCCUGCGGCCACAACUUCUGCGGGGACUGCAUCCGCGACUCGUGGCGCCGCUGGAAGAAGAUGUGCCCCGAGUGCCGCCAGCCCUUCCCGGACGGCGCCGAGCCGUGCCGCAACGUGGCGCUCAGCGGCGUGCUGGAGGUGCUGCAGGCCGCCGGCCGGCGCCCCGAGCCGGGCCUGGAGUCCCGAGCGGGCUCCGGCGCACGCUGCCCGCGCCACGGGCGUCCGCUCGAGCUCUUCUGCCGCACCGAGGGCCUCUGCGUGUGCUGCGCGUGCUCGGUGCGCGAGUGUCGCCACCACGAGCGGGCGCUGCUGGACGUGGAGCGCCGCGAGCGCGAGACCCAGUUGAGAGCCAGACUGGUGGUCACCCAGGAGCAGAUCACCCAAGCCAAGACCCAGCUCGAAGAGCUGCAGAAGCAACAUACUCAGAUCCAGAGUUCAGCCUGCAACCUGGCCUCGGUGGUCUCCAGCAAAUUCACCAGCCUAAUACAAGCCCUGCAGUUGCAGCAGACCUUGGCAUUAAGGAACAUUGAGGCAGCCAAGACACAGGUGCUGACCCAGGCUCUGGAUGAGAUGCACCAGCUGCAGGACCACCUGGAGGCCCUGGCUCAACAUUACCACAGGGUCCAGAAUCUCCUGGGGCAGGCAGAUGAUGAAAACUUCUUCCAGGAAUUACAACAGCUCCCCGAGUCCCCAGAGCCUCUUGGGCCACUGACCCCUCUGCAAUGGGAUGAAGACCAGCAACUGGGCAACCUGAAUGAAUAUCUGAGCCCACUCUGUAACCUUCUCCUAGAAGAAAGGAAUCCCCCCAGGGUAGCUGAUGUUGAUGACUCCAGCCCUGUGGAGGCUCUGGGUCCCCUGACACCUAUCCCAAGCUUGAUGUGUCCACUGAGGAAGAAACUCUGGGAGAAUUAUCGCAAUCUGACUUUUGAUCCAGAGAGUGCCAACCGCCACUUCUACCUGUCCCACCAGGACCAGCAGGUGACGCAUGGGUGCCAUCCCCGGGGCCCACCUGGGCCAGACAGCUUCGAGCUGUGGCAGGUACAGUGUGCCCAGAGUUUCCAGGCUGGGCGGCACUACUGGGAGGUUCAUGCCUCUGACCACUCGGUGACUCUGGGCGUCGCCUACCCAGAACUGAAACGGCACAAGCUAGGAAAGCAGACAGACAACAUCGGCCGUGGGCCCUGCUCCUGGGGCCUGUGCAUACAGGAGGACAGUGUCCAGGCCUGGCAUAACGGGAAGGCCCGGCGCCUCUCUAGGGUGUCUGGGAGGCUCCUGGGUAUGGACUUGGACCUGGUCUCUGGCCGCCUCACCUUCUACAGCCUGGAGCCACAGGCCCAGGCCCUGCACACCUUCCAUGCGCUCUUCAGCCGGCCACUGUACCCCGUCUUCUGGCUCCUUGAGGGGAGGACCCUCACUCUCUGCCAUCAGCCUGGGUCUGAGCUCCCUACAGUGCCCCAGGGAGAGGCCUCAGCCCUCUGCUGAGGAAAGCAUGGACCAGAGGGAGCUCUAGGUAGGGAAACAUGUUCCCAUGACUCCGUGUUCAAGAGCAGCUCAGCUUUGACCUGGGGACCUAAGGCCACAGUCCUAAAAGGACUAGCUGUUGGCCUUUCUGUUGACUCAGAGAGGGAGAAAGAAAGUGGGGGAGCCCCACAUUAAGGUUUACUUUUCCUGCCACUUGGAAGGGAGUAGAGACUAAGAAGAAAGAAAAUCAGAACCCUGAUCCCAAGCAACUCUUGACACUGCCUCAGCCUCUCAGGCUACGGCGGCCCCCGGAGCACUCUUGGGAGUAUGUCAGCAAGAGUGACAGAAUAACACCUAUGGUCACCAGCUUCCUCCUGCACAGAACAUCUGGACCAAAGUGGCCCAUGAUGGACAAGUUAUCUGACAAAUACACAUUCUAGUGAUGCACUUACCCAGCACUGGACAUUUACACUGCUUUAUAUUUGGAUAUAAAAAUAUUGGAAUCCAGUUGCCAGGCGUGGUGGUGCACACCUUUCAUCCCAGCACUAGGGAGGCAGAGGUUGGAGGAUCACCAUGAGUUCGAGGCCAGCCUGAGGCUACAUAGCGAA